UUCCACCAAUAGAAUUAAAUAAAAUAUUUACUAGAUUUAUUUCAUGCACAGCAUUAAAUACCUUUUAAAUAAUAAAGGUUUACACCUUCAAGCCAUGAGGUAGACGUCUCAUGCAGCAGAAAGAUCAUGUGACAUAUGCUACAAAUUUUGAUUGGCUAAAAUGCAUUUACGUUGAACCUUGGCUUAGCAAAGAUGGUCGCCGGGGAAGGACUGCUGACGUUCCCUCCAAAUUGUUAAUUUUGACUAUCACUGUUACCAGCACUGCAUUUGGAUCGAAGGUUUAGUAGUGCAAGUGAAAUUACAAUUUUAAAAAGCAUUCUUUACAAAUCCAUCUUUAUCUGUGGAGCGGAAGUUAACUGCAAACCUUUCCUUUGUGCCGGGCUCAGUGCAGGUACGUUGUUAUUUUAAGACGCGCUUUGGAUUCUAUUUCCUGUCGUCUGCACCGGACAUGACUUCGUUAGCAGAAGAAUUUCUAAGCAAGAGGCGAGAACGAAAGCCUAACUUUUCUGAUGCCGAAAUCGGCAUUAUUCUGGAAGGAGUGUGCGAGCAUAAGGAUGUUCUUAGUCACCAAGAAAACAGCAUAACAUUAAAUAAACAGAAAAUGGACGUUUACAAUCAGAUUACAACAAAGGUGAAUCGUGUAACUGCCGCUGAGUACGGAGGCAGCGUACUUCGAACUCCAAAAGAAGUGAAGAAGAAGUGGAUGGAGUUGAAGUUUACAGCUCUCAAAAUUCAUAACUCAGCAGUUGAUACGGACACCGAACAAAAACACGUCCCCAAAGAGAGCCCACAUACCCAACUUGUUUUGGACAUUCUUUCAGGCAAAGCCAGGAGUGGUACUACUGAUUUUCAGCUGGGCUAUAACUCGAGCAACCGAUCAUGCCCGGGUAAAGUAGGGGACAGUGAAUCCGAUUUACCCGUCUCUCUUUCAAGCUUUCCAUCGGCUGAUGAUUCAGAAAACAGUGAGUGUAUAGUAAGUGAUGGUGAAUCGUCUAUUGACAACAAGCAUCAACAAAAUUUACCUGUGGUUAAACAUUCUAAAAAUAAGGAAGAACAAACCCUAGAAAAUCCAGCAUCAGAAGACCAAGACCUUAAUACACCUUCCUCGGAAACUGAAAAUAUAAUUAGCGAUGUAUUUAGCCAUUUGGAAAUUGAAACUUUGCUCAGAGAGGUCAACAAGCAUAGAAGCAUUCUCCUAAAUGGUGAUCAGCAAAGUGCAAGUGGCAAACAGCAACAUAAAGUGACAUGGGAACUUAUUACUGAAAGCGUUAGAAAGGCUUCUAAAACUGGAAUACUUCCUACAAUAUCUCAGAUUCAAAGAUUGUGGAGGGAGCUAAAAUGUCAAGCUUGUAAAGAGCUGAAGGCAUCCAGAAAUGAUAAAACACUGGAUGGUAAAGCACACAUCUGGCCUCGUUAUACUGAUCAGGUUUUGGCAAUUUUAGAUGGUAACUGUGAUGAUAUAUCUGAUGUUCAGGGACUUGACUUUGAAACAAUGAUGAGCCUGGAUGCUUCCAGUGAACAGGAGCUGAGUCUACCACAACAGCCUGACCGCUAUGUGCUUGCCACAUCAGAAGAUCAGCUUGAGCGAAAGAGACGGACUAGAAAACCCAAUUUUACUGAGGCUGAAGUGUCUUGCAUGUUGGAUGAAAUUCCCAGGCACUACAGAAUACUUCUUUCUACUCCAAGGACUGGUAACAUUCUUCGUCUGAAACAGAAGAGGUGGCAGAUGAUUGCAGAGAGGGUCAGCAAGGUGAGUGAUUCAGGUGUGAGAAGGUCAUGGAGAGAAGUCAGGAAGAAGUUCAAGGCAUUAUGCACCUUUGCACAGGCAAACAAGAACUCCAAGCAGAGUGAUAACCCCUCCUAUUUAUCUUGUAGCAAAGAUUCUAAAUUCUUUCAGCGUGUUUUGGAAAUCCAGGCUGUGGCAUCUAUUGGUGUAACUCCUCCGGAAAUGGAAGAUUUUGACAGUGUUGAAAUGGAGGUUGAAAAAGAAAGACAGAAAAUGGAAAUGGAAGAUUUUGACAGUGUUGAAAUAGAGGUUGAAAAAGAAAGACAGACAGAAACCCUUUUGAAACGUAGGCGGGAAAGAAAGAAAAAUUUUACCAAUGAUGACAUUAAACAUCUUAUUGAAGAAUGCUGCAAACACAGAUCUGCACUUGUGGUCAAGGAGAGAGACGAAUUGACGAAUCGAAGAAGGAACCAAGCAUGGAGAAUUAUCACUGAAACAGUUAACAAAAAAAUGAAAGGUGUGCGACGAACUGCUAAAGAACUGAAGAAAAAGUUCAUGGACAUGAAGUUUGCUGUAGUGCAGUAUACAAACUGUGAUGAGUCUGAAAGUGAUGCUCCUUGGAGGAAACCUCCUCCCUACUUUUCACAGCUCGUAACCUUUCUUUCCCCAAGCAAAGAGGAUACUCAAGGCCUUGGUAAUGAAAAUUACUGUGAUCUUGAAAAUGAAUUUAUUAUAGCUGCCAAUGAAGACAAAUCUUCUACUGACAACACAUCAAGUGUUGAUAACUCUGCGAAUGAUGACAGAACCAGUGAUGACUGUGAUCAUAGCAGCCAAGAUGCUACUGUCAGUGGAACUGUAGAAGGGACAGAUGCUUUGUCACUGCAGCAAUCCUCACACCAUUGGGAAUCUCCAUUGGAACAUUAUUCUGGAAAGAAAAAAAGGAACAGGAAGCCCAACUUCACAGCACAAGAAAUAGCUUGCAUCCUUGACGUGUGGAAUGCAAACAGAGAAUUGCUUUCGCAAAAACACUCUAACAUGGCUGUUGUUUCUGAAAAGUAUAAGAUAUUUCAGAUGAUGGCAGACAAAGUAAAUCAAAGUUCUGAUUCAAAUACUGUUCGCACAGCUCUGGAGGUAAAAAAGAAAUGGAAGCAUUUAAAAUUUGUUGCUGUCAAAGCAUGGCUAGCUCGUCAAGAUGCUAUUUCUAAGGGCAAGAAGCCGCCAAAGAAAGUACCAUUUAUGAACAGAAUUGUGGAGAAUAUCAGUGGAGAAAGCAUGCUUGAUCAUGAUCAAGAUGACAAAAGUACUGAGGAUUCUGACAGUGAUAUUGGGACAAGAGCAGAGAGGGCAAAAAAAGACCAUGGAGCUAUGGUGAAGCGUCACAUGAAAAGAUUGUCUGAUAUUUGCGAAAAACUGAGAGCAUGUGGAGUCAGAGCUGGAGCUAUAAUUAUCGAGCCCAAUGGCAUCAUGUCCUGUGGUGAAGAAGCAACUAGAAUUUCAAAACUUCCAGAAGUGGCUGCAGUAAUUUCUGGUCUUCCAUGUGCGACAGAACCCCAGACAGAUGAGUCGGUUGUUUGUGGAGGAUGGAGAUAUACUUCAUUAGAAAAAGUGAGGGAACACCCAGUCACUUUGGCGGUGGAAUCAAAGGAAGAGAAUGACUUUAAAGAUGGCAGCAGUGGAGAGGAUAUCCCCAAAGUAGAACUUGCUGCCAAGCUGUUGGUGAAAUCAGAUGAAGAAGGCAGUGAAGAGUUUGAUGACAACAGAUCAAGUGAUGAAGACUGCAAAAAACACAUUUUAAGCCAGAAUGUCAGCAUGACAAGAACAGACGAUCAGGAGUUGAUUUUGGAUGUUAAAGAAAAGUUGAGACUAUUAUUGCAGAAUAGACCCAUGUCAAUGGAGGAGGAACUAACGGAUAGUCAGCACAUGCCCACAGAAGAAAAAGAUCAGAAAAAUGUUGCGACGCCACCUAAAGAGAUGGAAACUAAUAUUGCUACAAGCCUCAGCGACAUUGAUCACUGCACCAUUACAGUUAAAACUGAGAAGGAAAUGAACUAUAUCUGCGGGUGGUGUAAUAAAAUGUUUCUUGAAUUAUCAUCCUUCAUGCUACAUACCCAGCAAGAAAAGUAUCUUCGAGUCUGCUGUAGUAAAUGUGACAGCAAAUUCUGUGAUUUGCUGGAUCUGAGGCAGCACGAGGCUAGUGCUCAUGAAAAACUGCCACCUGAACCAGGAGAGAAAAAUCCAAUAGUUGUGCUUGAGAAACUGUCUGAAAGUACCAUCAGUACAGCAACAAACUGUCAGGAUCCUUCACCUCAACCAUCAAGGCAGGGCAGAUUUGGCUGCAGUGAGUGUGGCUUGUGCUUCUUGAAAAUGGAUAUCUUGCUUCAACAUCGGCGGACACACACACAGGAACGCCCUUUUGGAUGCACACUUUGUGAUUUGCGGUUUAAGUUAGAGGCAACCCUUGAUGCCCACAAAAAAAUGCAUGCCAACCAACAUCCCAUACAACUGUCAUGUAUGUGGUCAGCAGUGCAAUACAGGUGCAGAACUAGUGUUACACAAACAAGACCAAGGUUGUGCCAAGGUCUAUCUUCCCCGCAGUGAGGAAGAUGAUGCAGAUCCUGAAAAGCAAAAGAUAAAGAAUAGAGGAUCUACCAGCCUGCUACCUGAGCGCCGCUUUUCGUGUGGCAUCUGUGGAAAGCGUUUUCUCAAGGCUGGUCACCUUGGACAACACUUACGACUCCACACUGGGUCCAAGCCAUUCA